GCCCGGGUGCGCGGACCGGCCGCAGGAAGUUGCUGCUACAAAACUUUUUUGAGGGGUGCAACUGGGGUCCCCUGUGCACUGGGGCCGAAUGCGCGCCGGGUAGCGCACUGUGGAGUGAGAGGGGUGCGAGCCGGGAGGCGCGCAGCGGGGGCGCCCCGGCCCCGCGGCCCGGGGGCUAUGGCCAUGGUGGCCGGCGGCUGGGGCGGCCCCGGAGGCGGCGGUGACACGAAUGGCGUGGACAAGGCGGGUGGCUACCCGCGUGCAGCCGAGGACGACUCGGCCUCACCCCCUGGCGCCGCCAGCGACGCCGAACCGGGCGACGAGGAGCGGCCGGGGCUGCAGGUGGACUGCGUGGUGUGUGGGGACAAGUCGAGCGGCAAGCACUACGGCGUCUUCACCUGCGAGGGUUGCAAGAGCUUCUUCAAGCGGAGCAUCCGCCGCAACCUCAGCUACACCUGCCGGUCCAGUCGUGACUGCCAGAUUGACCAGCACCACCGGAACCAGUGUCAGUACUGUCGCCUCAAAAAGUGCUUCCGUGUCGGCAUGCGCAAAGAGGCGGUGCAGCGCGGCCGCAUCCCACACUCGCUGUCGGGCGCCGGCGCCACCUCAUCGGGCAGCCCUCCGGGCUCGGCGCUGGCGGCGGCAGCGGGCGGCGACCUCUUCCCGGGCCAACCAGUGUCGGAGCUGAUCGCGCAGCUGCUGCGUGCCGAGCCCUACCCGGCGGCGACCGGCCGUUUCGGCGCAGGGGCGGCGGGCGCGUUCGGCCCGGGCGGGGCGGGCGCGGUGCUGGGCAUCGACAACGUGUGCGAGCUGGCGGCGCGGCUGCUCUUCAGCACUGUGGAGUGGGCGCGCCACGCGCCCUUCUUCCCCGAGCUGCCGGUGGCGGAUCAGGUGGCGCUGCUGCGGCUCAGCUGGAGCGAGCUGUUCGUGCUGAACGCGGCGCAGGCGGCGCUGCCCCUGCACACGGCGCCGCUGCUGGCCGCUGCCGGGCUGCACGCCGCACCCAUGGCCGCCGAGCGCGCGGUGGCCUUCAUGGACCAGGUGCGCGCCUUCCAGGAGCAGGUGGACAAGCUGGGCCGCCUGCAGGUGGACUCGGCCGAGUACGGCUGCCUCAAGGCCAUCGCACUCUUUACACCUGAUGCCUGCGGCUUGUCGGACCCCGCGCACGUGGAGAGCCUGCAGGAGAAGGCGCAGGUGGCGCUGACUGAGUAUGUGCGGGCCCAGUACCCCUCGCAGCCCCAGCGCUUCGGGCGGCUGCUCCUUCGCCUGCCAGCCCUGCGAGCCGUCCCCGCCUCCCUCAUCUCCCAGCUGUUCUUCAUGCGCCUGGUGGGCAAGACGCCCAUCGAGACGCUCAUCCGGGACAUGCUGCUCUCGGGGAGUACUUUCAACUGGCCUUACGGCUCCGGCCAGUGACCCCCAGGGACACG